GGUUAAUUUUAGAGAUAAUACAAUACUUAAGCAAAUAAAUAUGAUAGUUAGAUGCUAAACAUAAUUAGGCUAUCAUUGUGACUAUAUAUAGCAUUUGAUUUCUCCUUUCUUGAAGCCAAGGGAACAUCAAUAAUCAUGACAUAGUGUUACCAAUUCACCAUGCAAGUUCAUCAUUGAAUAUCAACCUUUUUUGUUUUUGUCCUCUUUAAACUAAAGUAAGAUUAAUGGAAAAAAAGGGGUACAUUUUCAUAACACUCAUGACUUUCUAACUUUUUUUUUUCCAUAGUUAAUUUAUGUUUUUAUUUAUUGAGAGAUUCAAUUAUUUCAAAUUUAUUCGCAUGUGAUCUAAUAAAGUGGAAGUGCUCUUAAUUAUCAAGAUUUUUUUACUAUUAGAUUCAAAUCGAGAUCGAUCUCUAAUUAAAAAUGAAAUGAGUAUAUUCACCCUCACUACAAUUAAUGAUAAUCUUGAACUAGCAUAUAAUUUUUGUGUAGUUUAUAGUUGGUGAUAUAAUUUUUUCUUAUUCGGUGUCCGAUCUCUAAAUUGGAAUCAUAUUAAAUCAGGAUUUGUGCUGGAAAGAUAAAAACAAUUCGAUACAUAUGAAAACUUGAGUUCAAAAUCUUUGAUUAAGGAUGAAGGGAUACUUACAACUCCAUUACCAUUGUAAUUGGUAGUGAUAAUUCUUGUUGGGGUGCAAUUCAAGUAUAAUAGGACAAGCAUGACUCAUAUUUUACAACUUAAAUAAGUAGUACUACACAACUAGUAAAUUAUGAGUCACUUGCUUGAAAACUUUGGAGACAAACGCCAUUGGUCAAAAUGAUGUGGAAAAGGCAUUUACAGAGAACCAUUUUUUUAUAUACUUUCAACACCAACUUUAUAUCAUAAGGACCAUCUUGUUGUUGAAACUUUAAAAGCAAGGUUUCAAAAAAAGAAAAAAAGUUGAAACGUCAAAAAAUGUUUAAGUUUUAUCAUGCAAAUAUGCAAUUAUUAAAGUCACGAGCCUUGGAAUUUAGUUUAUUUUAUACUGUACAUUGUACAAUAAUGCUUGGCCUACUAGUUAGAAAUUUUUCUUCAAGGAAAUAAUAUAAGUAGUUUGCACAAAUUUUGUAAAUCUUUUCUUUCUUGUUUAUAACGUGGGAUGUUAGAAUUGAUUUUCUUUUAAUUAUUAACUUUUUUCUUUUUUAAAAACUCCUCUUAGGAGCUUGUUAUUUUGCUUUCACUCGAAUUCACAAUCUCAAAAUUGGAAGUAGAGGGUGUCUAUCUGUUGAGCAACCCUUUCUUGUCGAUCAAGCAAUUGAUUAUUCUUUUAAAAAUCUUCCUAGGUGCAUUUCCUUUCUCUCUUCGUGACUCAAAUUUAAAAUUGGAGGAUGGGGUGUGCUUAUCACUUGAGCAACCCUCUCUUUUUCGUUAUUGACUGAGCAAAUUAAUUACUCAAUUUUCAAAUAUAUCUACUUUUAAGGACUGCUAUUUAAAAUAUAGCCAGCAUUUGCAAAACUCCAAUUCAAAGAGUGGAACCCUCUCUUUGUUGUUGACUGAGCAAAUUAAUUACUCAAUUUUCAAAAAUAUCUACUUUUAAGGACUGCUAUUUAAAAUAUAGCCAGCAUUUGCAAAACUCCAAUUUGAAGAGUGGAACUAAGAUACAUUUGCAAAUUAAGCCAAUUUUUUUUCCACCUAAACUCUAGCCUUACUGUCCAUAUAAAUUUGCAAAAUGAUGAUGAAUUGUUUUUAACAAAAUAGCUGAUUCAAACACUUCGAAAUAUACAUUUAUCUGCAAUUAAUGACUAAUGUCAUCUCUCAAGCACCACUUUAUUGAAUCCACCCACUUUAGAAUUAUGAAUUCUUCAAAAUUAAAAUAAUUUGUAUAAAAUAAUUUGCAUUAAUAUUUUAACGGUUUUGCAUAUCUGUCUAGUGAUGAAUUAUUUUAUGCGCAAAAAAUACGUUUGGAGACUCUUUAGGACCAAUCGCAACCUAUAAUCUUGAUAAUUGUGAUUUUUUUUAUUAUUAUUGUUAGUAUCAAAGUUUAUCUAUAUGACUAUAUCUCAUGCAUUAAUCACGCUUAUUCUUAUAAAAAAAAAUUGUCUAUGAAUUUUAAAAUCCCCCUCUAUCUAUCUAUCUAUCUUAUUGUUUUUUCUCUCUUUUCUUUUUUCCUAUCAUUUUGUUUUCUUUCUUUGCAAUUUUAGAAAUUUUGUUCCCUCAAAAAAUUACCAACUAAUUGUUAAGAGUCCCUCUUUGGUUUUUCAUUCCCAAUUUAUCAAGAAAUAGGUAAUAAGAAUAACAGUGCAUUUUGAGGAAUAUUCAGAUGGAGGCAGAAGUGCAAACUGCAUAAUAGGGUGCUGCAUUUGUGAGGUCAAGGUUUCAAAGGGUCUCUUCUUCUGAUAAGUUUUUCUAGUGAUACUCUAGCUCAAAAUGGGUGAGAUGGUUGUUGGCAUACCUGCACAUCUGGAGAGAAUUGAGCGUGAUGCUCGCUUUUUGAGAAGGAACUCAACUGGCAGCUUUGGCUUUCAAAUUGAUAAAUCCAAGGUCUUGUCACGUUACCUGAGUGAUCCAAAAGGUUCUUGCCAUGACGCUUGCAAAGGUGCUGAACGUGAUGAUCAAACAACAAUAGCAAGGACUUCCCUGCUGAGUAGAAUGGUAGUAGCAUCAGAAAAAAUACCAGAACCGGCUACAACUGUACAGGUGCAGAUACGGAAGAAACCACUACGCUCGAGUAAGCUGCCUGUGAAUUUCAAGAGGCGUACAACUGGUAAAUCACAGAGACAGGAGAUCCCGGCAUACACCAAGAGAUUAGCUGUUUCUGUAAAACAACGAAAUGAUUUGAAGAUGAAGUCUUUGCAGGAAAAUGCUAGUUCAAUGUCCGGAAUCUAUAAGCUGAGGAUAAGAGGAUACAGCAACACUAGCAUACCAGGGGGGUCAUCAAUUGCUCAAGAUUCUCCGUUGGAUGGUGCAACUGGCACACCAAACAAAGGAAGCAGGAUGGACAAGAACACCGCGUCUUCAAAGUUGGGCAACAAGAGGGCUGUCGGGAAACCUGCAAACUUGGAGAAAAUUGAGCAUGAACUCAGUUAUUUGAGAAGGAACUCAACUGGCAAUUUAGGUAUUGAAAUGGGUGACUCCAAGGUCUUGCCACGUUAUAUGAGUGUUCCAACAGGUUCUUCUGACGAUGGUAAAGAUGGUGCGGAACUCAACUGUAAAACAAAGGUGAGGACUCACAUGUCCAAAACAUCUGUAACUUCAUCAGGAGAAAAUUCAAAAUUGGCUACAACUGUGAAUUGGCAGAUACGGAAGAAACCACUACACAUACACUCAACUAAACUACCUGCAAAUUUCAGAAGGCUGAAAACUUCCCAUGGAAAGGAAAUGCAAGCAUGCACCAAAACCUUAGCCUUUUCUGCAAGGCAUCGAAGUGAUUUGAAGCUGAAGCCUCUUGAAGAAAAUGAUUAUUCUGUGUCAAGAAGCAACAAAUUAAGCAGAAGAAGAUACAGUGACAGUCUUAUGACAGGGGUUUCACUAACACUUAAGGGGUCUAUAUUGGAUGACGCAACCACCAAAACAAACACAGGAAGCAGGAUGGAUAACGACACUGCAUCUUAUGAGUUGAGCAAGAAAAAGGAUGUUGGCAUGCCAGUGAACCUGGACAAAAUUGAGUCCGGAGUCCGCUAUUUGAGAAGGAACUCAACUGGAAGCUCAGGUAUUGAAAUGGGUAAAUCCAAGGUCUUGUCAUGUUCUACGAGUGUUCCAACAGGUUCUCGCCAAGAAGUUUGCAAAUACACAGUUGCAAGUGAUCUUAAAAAGAAGGCGAGGACUCUCCAGCGCACAAGACCUGUAGCUGCAUCAGGAGAAAUCCCAGAAAUGGCUAGAACUGUGAAGUUGCAGAUGGGGAAGAAACCAUUAAGCUCAAGCCAGCUACCAAAUUUCAAGAGCCCGACAACCUUUCAAACCCAGGGAAAGAAAAUCCCAGCAUCCACCAAAAUAGCUGUCGAAAAAGGAUCCUCCGGGUUGAGCAAGAAGAAGGAUGCCAUAACUAUUUCCCACUCUACAAGAAUUUCCUUGAAGAGGGUAUCAGGCAAAAAGUUAAAUAACAGUUCCCCCGGAAUGGUAUCUCUUCCCAAUAAAACAGGCAAAGUGAUUAGUAAAGAUGAUCCAAACAAGGUGUCUCAUAUGAAUAAUUUGACUAGCCUUGCACGAAUAAAGAAAAUGCAACCUAGUCAUGAAAGCUUUGCAAACAAGGCAUCUCAACUUAGAAAAUCAGCUAGUCUUAAACAAGGCAAGAUGGAGCUAGGAAGUAACAGGAGUGUUCCAAGGGGGACAUCAAAGACAAAAAUCCUGACCAUACAGAUCUCUCUGGAAAACCGGAAGGCCAGAGUCUCGCCUUUAGAUAGGCAUGGCCCAAUUAGAGGAAAAAAACCGUCGCCCCAUCUCUCCCCAUCAUCUUCUCUACAUUCUGAUGGCACUAGCUCCAGAAACCUUGGCAACAGGAAAUCCUCCCUAUCAUCAACUUCUGCAUGUGAGUCUGUUAAUGGUGAUGCAAUAUUCAGCAGUUCCAAGAAAAGUGGAACCACAAGCCCAAACCAAGAUAUAAAAGCUGGAAGGGCUGCAAUUUGCAGUCCUAAAAAUCUCAAGUUCAGGAGAGGACAAAUAAUUGAUUAUCAGUCAGAGAAACUCAGUCCAAGAAGACUAAAAUUCAGGCCACCUAAAAUACUAGAGAACGGCGGAAAUGGAAGUGCUCUUGUUAGAGGAAGAAGCUCUAGGAGAUUUAUUGCUUAUGGAAAGUCAAAUGCUGCUAAAGAUGAAACUAUGAGAGUUAAUCUUCGACACCAAUCUAAACGAGGCAAAAAAGAGGCUCCAAUCUUGUUGAACAAUGUGAUCGAAGAGACUGCAACCAAGCUUGAGGAGACCAGGAGAAGCAAGGUCCAGGCUUUGGUGGGUGCUUUUGAAACUGUAAUCUCCCUUCAGGAUCCAACAUCCUCACCGCCAAUUACUUCCAGAUGAUAACUGUGUUCUAUGACAGAAAGAAAUAUAUAUAUAUAUAUAUAUAUCUAUAUUAAUAGAUAACUUGAGUUACGUAACUGAAGCAGUAGGUGCAGGAUUUCAAGCACUACUCUUUCUAAAUACAUGUAUACUACCUAACUGAUUCUACAUACUCCGUAAAUGUCAUUGUACAAGUGUAGUAGUGUAGUUGUAAGUUAUUUUUGUAAUGUGACAUAACAUAUUACACUUCUGCACAUUAAUCAUACUUGUGUAUUCUGUGUCUAUGACAAUAGAUCAUAAUUAAAACA